CUUCUUUUUGUAUUGUUUUCUUUAAUUUUUUUAUUAUUUCCUUACCUGAAUUAUCACUAUAUAACGCGCGCGCUCACAAAUUCGCCUUCAAAUUCACUUUUAAAUCAUGGAGAGCGCAGGGCAGAAAGAUUUGGUAUCGCUGGCGGGUCAUGCAGCCACAGUGUCCGAGAGCCACGAAAUGGAGGUCAACCCCCAAGGCAUCACUACCACAAAGCCGAGCGACCCAGCACCAGCCCCAGCCCCAUCAACCCCCACCACGCAGCAAACCACCGAGCCCAGAUCCACCUCAACCCCGCCCAAGACUGCAGAUAAAGUCACCACCACGCCAAUGAAGAAAAGCGGGCUCUCUGUGGCCGAGCUCCUCAGCGAGGCAAUUCCAGGCGCGACACCCGGCAGACAAGCCGGGCCCAAGUUCCGAUGCGUCUACCCGCCCUGCGACAAAACGCAAAGCCUCAUAGUCGAGCACUUUGGAUUCCUACCGAUUUCCUUCAUCGACGAAAUCAUCAACGCCGCCAAUGACACGGUGUAUCGGGCAACUGACGGGCUGAGCAAGUUUGUCGAGAAGGAGCAAGGCACGAGCGAGGCGACAAGCCAGGCGGUGAAUAAGGCGGAGACUUUGCUGGAGCACGCAGUGGAUAAGAACUUUGAUAAGUUUGAGCUGUACACGCUGCGCAACCUGUUUAAUAUUCCGAGUGGGUUGGAGGAUUACGUGGAGAUGCCGCAUCGGCGGGUUGAGCCUUUGGACGCAGAAGCGGUGGGGGCGGGCACGGAGGGCGAGGCGGAGCUGGACGCGAGGCUGGAGCGGGUGCGCAGACAGCUGGAGACGCAGAAUUUGCUGAAAACCAGGCUACGCCAUGAUCUGGCCAAGGCCGAGAGAAGCGUGCGGCGGCUGCGCGCGGUUAAUGAGAGACUGCGCAUUGUGGAUAUUUCCAAGAGUGCAGUGGAAAAGGAUGAGGCGCUUUUUGUGACGGCAGCAGAGGUCCGUGGGAGCGAGGCGGAGAUGGUGCGGAUGACGGAGCAGGUGCGGGAGCUGAACUUUAUUGCUGAUGGUAGCGAGGAUCCGGCGCUGGCGGAGCUGGCGGAGGUGCCUGGAAGAGACGUUUAUUUGGCACGGAUGGCAGACAUACAGGUGGCUAAGUGGGAGGCCGCCCAGGUAAAGUCGCAGUCGCGGUCGCAGUUGCCAGCUGUCUGAACGAGAUCAGAAUUUAUUUUCUUCCCUCCUUGGCAGGGGGCCUGCAUGGUGGCCAAGCAAAUAGUGCGACGUUGUUUGAGAGUGGUAGUGGUGGUGAGAGUGGGGGCGAGAGUGAAAGUGAAAAUGAAGGUGCACCAAAAAAUGCAAGGCUGCAAUUUC